AUGGAAGCUGCCACUGUGGUAAUAGAUGGAAAUAAGACUGAAACUAGACAUAUAGUUGUCACAACUAUUGUUUCAAGAUCCAUAGGUGAUGCAUAUUUGAAGAAAGUGGAAUUCAAUAGGGAGCCUCUGCCACAAAAGUUUAGACUACCUGAAACCUUUAUCAAGCUGAUUCUUAGUAGUGAAUCAUCGGUAUCAAUUCAUAAAAUCCAACCCGAAGAUAAAUUCCGCAUCUUUGCUUCUGAUGGUUUAUGGGAGCAUCUUAGCAACCAAGCAACUGUCAAUAUAGUUAACCUUAAUCCACACAACAGAUAUUAG